GUUGGUGAUGGAGAGUUGAGCUACAAAGGCCUUGGACUGAAGCUUGACAAUGCAGAAUCAGCGGAGCAGCUGGCCCGAGACAUCAAGCAGUACCAGGGUUUGAGAGCUCUACGCCUUGAAGGAAACACUCUGGGAGUUGAAGCUGCCCAAGCCAUUGCAAAGGCUCUGGAGAACAAAGACAUGCUUCAGAGAUGCUACUGGAGUGACAUGUUCACUGGAAGACUACGCUCUGAAAUCCCACCAGCCCUGAGGUCCAUGGGGAGUGCAAUAAUGAGUGCAGGGGCCAGGCUGACUGAGCUGGACCUGAGUGAUAAUGCUUUUGGGCCAGAUGGUGUCAAAGGAAUCGAGCAGCUGCUUAAGAGCCCCUCCUGCCACACCUUGAGGGAGCUAAAGCUCAACAAUUGUGGUAUGGGGAUUGGUGGAGGAAAGAUCUUGGCUGAAGCCCUGAUUGAGUGCCACAGACAGUCAUCGUCUCUUGGAGCUCCACUUAGACUAAGAGUGUUUAUAGCAGGAAGGAACCGCCUGGAAAAUGAAGGAGCUAGCGCCUUGGCUAAGGCCUUUCAGCUGAUGGGCAGCCUUGAAGAGAUUCACAUGCCCCAGAAUGGAAUAAACUACUCAGGUGUGAUGGCGUUAGCUUCAGCCAUUCGACAUAACCCAGAGCUUCGAGUCCUCAACCUCAAUGACAACACUUUCACCAAGAAGGGCUCGCUGCCCAUGGCACAGGCUCUGAGGCAUCUCAGGAACAUCCAAGUGAUCAAUUUUGGUGACUGUCUGGUCCGUUCUGAGGGAGCUGUCGCCCUCGCUGCAGUCCUGAGAGAAGGACUGCCAAUCCUCAAGGAGCUUAAUCUGUCAUUUGGUGAGAUCACUGAAGCAGCAGCACUAGUGGUGGCUCAGGCUGUUGCAGACAAAGCUGAUAUGGAGAAAUUGGAUCUAAACGGUAACUGUCUUGGAGAGGAGGGCUGUGAGGCUUUGAGAGAGGCUAUGGAGAACAUGAACAAAGGAGACGUGCUCGAGUCCCUCAGAAUGAAGAGGGCAGUGAUGAAAGAAAACGGCAUAACAACAAAUGGAAAUAGUCCUGUUUCGCCUAACAGUCCUGCGGAGAUCACAUCGUUCCUCAGCUGCCCCUCUGCAGAACGGCUUCUCCAGCUGGGACAGUUGAGGACACACCUUCAGCAAGAGGUCGAUGCAUCUGAGCCACAGAAAGCUGCUGAUGUCAUUCUGAAAAUCGGUUCCCUAUACAGUGAAGAUCCGAGACCAAGGCCGCUGUUCUGGAUACUAUCGAUGCAAUGUUGAAGAAGCUCCUCUCUGG